CGGGUCUGCAAAUCACGAGCGGACGUGGCCUGCAUCCUGCGGGGCAGCAGCUAUCUUGCACGAGCACGUGAAAUGCCGGCGCCGGCGCUCGGGGCAUCAGCGACGGGCCACCGCCUCUCCCUCGUGCUGGGCGUGAUGACGGCGCCCGGCGCCACGCGCAACCGCGACAACCUCAGAGCGCUCUCGCACCGUCCUCAUGCCCAUGGCGUCCGCACGGUCUUCGUCUUGGGCGAUGUGGAUUGCGCCCGCCGCCCCACCGCCGCCGAGCACAUCGCGCACCGCGACUUCGUCUUUGUCAACGCGAGCGACUGCCAGACGUGGCAUCGGGCGGCGAAAGUGGAUGCUUGGUACCGGCAUGCCUUGGCCCGCUGGCCGUCGGCGCACUGGAUCGGCAAGUCGGAGGACGAUGCGCUGGUGCGGGUGUCUGCGCUGGCUCGCGACCUGGCGGCGCUCGACGCGACACAGCCUUGGUACUACGGAAUCAUGGCAUGGAUCGGGCUCUGUGACUCGGAGGCGCCCGCCUGCGACUCUGCUCCAACCGGCUGCUGCCUGGGCGCCUGCUUCGCCGGGCCGCUGCAGCGCGUCCACACCAACAGCAGCGCGUGCAUGUCGGGCCGGUGCUCUCCCCCCGGCUGUCGGCCGAAGCCGCCCGCCGCUGCGAGAAGACGCAGCUGCCCGCCCCAGCCUUGCGCAGAGGCGCUGGUCGUGCCGUUCGCCAUCGGGCCGGUCGAGGUGCGGUCGGCGCCGCUCGCAAGGGCAGUCGCCGAGUGCUCCACGUCCGGCCGCUACUUUGCCUCCCUGUCGGUGGCGGGCGAGACGCUGCGCGAGGACUUCUCCUCGAUGGACGGGAACCAGGGCCUCCCUCUCGCGCGGUGUGUGCCGCGCCUGCGGCUGGCGGACGCGACGUGGAAGCGGAUGAGCUACCCGAACUCGGCCAUGCGCAACGCGCCCCUCAUGGGCAACGACACGCGGCUGGCGUGGAGCCAUCCGCUCAAGCACGCUCCCCCGCCGCUGGCGAGGCGAGUGUGGUCCGCGUUCGGCCAGUUGCGCUACCGGCCGGAGCCGCUCCACACCUACACCUUUGAAGCGGGCAGGCGGCUGGCCUUCACGGGGGCGCUUGGAGGAACUCCUUAG